AUAUUAUUACUUUCAUUCAGACUGACCUGUUUCGAAAAUGCUAUAAUGCAAAGUGACGAACUGGAUAAAGAUCUGUUUAAGAAUUGGGUGCGAGGCUCAAAAGGACUAGAAUACUUACAGGAAGGUCUUCAAGAAUUUGUUGGAGAAAAAGUACUGCAAUGUCGUGAUAAUACCCUUCAAAAGAUAAUAUUAACAUUGCCAUCUGGAUCACCACAACAGUGCAACCAGUGUACAGGAAAUAAUCUUUCUCCUGAACAUUUCAACUCUACAAAGGCAUGUAACAGAUGGACAUGUAGCCAAAAGACCUCAAACAACUGUUUUGGAAGCAGACCAGUCGGACGUAGGAAAUGUCCUGAUGGCAUUUGUAGUAAAUUCUACGAUGCAAUUAUAGAUGAGCAUGCAUUUAAAGACCCUUUAUGGAAGAACACAUACCCAAGUACGUGGUGUUCGGAUCCUGAUGGGUGGAGCUAUGCAAAAUGUUUCCAAAACACUAAAGGUCCAGGGACAUCAGCUAAAGAUACAGAUGCUGCUGGUCUGCUGAGCAUUAUUAUAAACAACACGUCAAUACAAAACUUUGUGACCAGAAUUAACCCCCAUACCAGGAGUUCGUUUCAUACGGCGCGAGACAUCCGAAAUGAAAUCUUACAUAGCUCAAAGCUUGAAAUCGACGAAACAACUGUGUGUUCCUAUUUGGACGCGUUCAUUGUUGUUCUUCAAGAUCCAAAGUGUCUGAUUAAUGACGAGGCGUCAAAGAAUGCAGUUCAUAAACUAACACAGUUAAAAAACAACACAAUACACAUAAGCCAGGGUGACACAGUGACACUCCUUGAGAAAAGAAAAAAAGCUUUAACUGAACUUGACCAAAGAACAGCAGAGUCAUUGCGUAAACUCGACGAGAAAGCAUUGGCUGUACUACAUAAAUUAAAACAAGAUGUUGGUGAAUUGAAGGAUGCCACUUUAGCUGAUGUUGAAAACGCUGGAACAUCGUUAAAGCAAACACUUUCUGAAGAGAGAAGGGAUGCCAUAUCUGAAAUAAACACAGCCGGGGAACAGGCAAAACAAGACAUUGCUGGGAAGACGUCUCAUGGUAUAUCUGAAAUAAACACAGUCGGAGAACACGCAAAAAAAGACAUUGCUGGGAAGACGUCUGAUGGUAUAUCUGAAAUUAACACAGCCGGAGAACAUGUAAAACAAGACAUUGCUGGGAAGACGUCUGACGGUAUAUCUGAAAUAAACACAGUCGGAGAACACGCAAAAAAAGACAUUGCUGGGAAGACGUCUGAUGGUAUAUCUGAAAUUAACACAGCCGGAGAACAUGUAAAACAAGACAUUGCUGGGAAACGUCUGAUGGUAUAUCUGAAAUAA